AUUCUUAUACAGCAAACCCUAACAUAACACGACUCUCUCCCUUAUAGCUAUAUAGGAUCACAAAACGCCCACACCUCUCCAUACCAUCUCUUCUUCUUUUUCAUCUCUUGCUUUCUAUAACCAUGAACCUAGAAGAGAAAGUCGCCGUGGACUUUGUUCCGCCGUCGACGGAUCACCUCUGCUACGUCCGAUGCAACUUCUGCAGCACCGUUCUCGCGGUUGCGCUUCCAUACAAGCGACUGCUGGACACAGUGACGGUGAAAUGCGGUCACUGCAGUAACCUGUCCUUUCUUAGCACCAGACCUCCUCUCCAACCUGCUCAUCAAUUCCUUGAUCACCCUAAUUUGAGUCUUCCGGGAUUUUGCAAUGAGUUCAGAAAGGGCCAUUACUCAUCAUCAUCUUCCAGCUCCUCAAGUAUAUCUAGCGAGCCAAUUUCUCCCAAAGCACCCUUCGUCCUAAAGCCGCCUGAGAAGAAGCACAGACUACCAUCUGCCUACAAUCGAUUCAUGAAAGAGGAGAUACAGCGCAUCAAAGCAGCCAAUCCUGAAAUUCCUCAUAGAGAAGCCUUUAGCGCUGCAGCUAAAAACUGGGCAAGGUAUAUUCCAAAUCCUCCAGCUGCAUCUGUUCCGGGAGGCAACAAAAAGGCUCAGCUUUUGCGAGAAUGAAGUUGGAUACUACUUGGUCCAUGUAAUUUGCCCAAAAAUUCCAUGCAUGUUCAUAUCGGACAUAUAAUUAGAGACCAAUCUGAGCUCAUAAUAUUGUAGGUCGGCUCUUAAUUUGAAGUCUGUUUCUAGCUAUGUUGAACAUUAUGUGUUUGCUUCUCACUGACCUUACGCUUGACAUGAGUUUGAGACUUUAAGAACUAAGCUUUGGCAGUGAUUAGAUCUAUCUGUUAAUGCUAUCAGAACCUUGUAUUAACUUUUAUUUUAUUAUAUUUUCCGAAUUUCACUAAA